AUUUUUAUUCGGUCUCUGCAUUUACCGUUACGGUAUGUGACUGAGAAAGGCUUGUACGUUACGGGAAGAGGAGAAGAGACUGUAGACGAGGGAUCGAUUAUAAGACUGGUGUUUUCAGGUGGCACAAAGCCUUUGGAGAUCGACACCGUCCACAAAAUCCAAGUUAUUCCGCUGGAUUAGGAAACGUUUCUGUAACAGUGACCGUUUAUUUGAUCCGAUACGGGAUGUCUGGACAGAGCAUUACAGACAGGAUAACCGCCGCUCAGCACAGUGUCACCGGCUCGGCGAUUUCCAAAACUGUGUGCAAGGCGACCACACAUGAAAUAAUGGGACCAAAAAAGAAACAUUUGGAUUACUUGAUUCAGUGCACAAAUGAGAUGAACGUGAACAUCCCUCAGCUGGCUGACACACUGUUUGAGAGGACCGCCAACACCAGCUGGGUGGUUGUGUUCAAGUCGCUCACCACCACACACCAUCUGAUGGUCUACGGCAAUGAGAGAUUUAUACAGUAUCUGGCUUCAAGGAACACACUAUUCAACCUCAGCAAUUUUUUGGACAAAAGUGGUCUACAAGGCUAUGAUAUGUCAACGUUCAUAAGGAGGUAUAGCCGCUACCUGAAUGAGAAGGCUGUGUCCUACAGACAUGUUGCUUUUGACUUCACUAAAGUGAAAAGAGGGGCUGAUGGAGUGAUGAGAACCGUGAACACAGAGAAACUCCUCAAGACCAUCCCUAUCAUCCAAAAUCAGAUGGAUGUGUUACUUGAUUUCAAUGUCAAUGCCAAUGAACUGACAAAUGGUGUGAUCAACGCAGCCUUCAUGCUUCUGUUCAAAGAUGCUAUCCGACUGUUUGCAGCAUACAAUGAGGGCAUUAUCAACCUCCUGGAGAAAUACUUUGACAUGAAGAAAGUCCAGUGCAAAGAAGGACUUGACAUCUACAAGAAAUUCCUUACACGAAUGACUAGAAUCUCAGAGUUCCUCAAAGUUGCAGAGCAAGUCGGAAUCGAUCGAGGAGACAUCCCCGAUCUGUCGCAGGCCCCCAGCAGCCUGCUUGAUGCCCUGGAGCAGCACUUGGCCUCUUUAGAAGGAAAGAAAGUCAAAGACUCAACAGCAGCCAGCAGGGCUAGCACCCUCUCCAAUGCAGUCUCCUCCCUGGCCAACACCGGCAUAUCUUUCACCAAAGUGGACGAGAGGGAAAAACAGGCCGCCCUGGAGGAAGAGCAGACUCUCCUAAAAACACUAAAAGAGCAGCGUCUGAAAGAGCUCCAAAAGAAUCCUACUGCAGCAACCACAGACUCAUCCCCUGACUCCACGAUGGGCGGGACCAUAAACUCAGCUCCUGCCAUUGACCUCUUCUCGGCCCCCAGCUCCACCAACAGCACCUCCAAGGCAGCCAAUGAACUGCUGGACCUGCAGCCAGCUUUCCAGCAGCCACUGACUCUCUCCACCAGCAACACAUGGGGAGCUUGUCUUUCUUUCCCCCCAUUGGAUCACUCAGAACCUUUCACCUCUGCUGCAGAAGCUGUGGAGGAAUCCAUUCCCAACUCAAACCCUUUCCUCACACUACCUGUUGUCGAUGCUGUCCACCUGUCCACAGCGUCCUCGGACGCUGGCAACCUGUCCUCUAGGAUUCCUAGCCAUGAAGUGUUUGACUCCUUCUGUGGGCCAAGCCCUUACAACACCACUCCACUCUUCCAAUCUGAGUCCCCAGCUGUUGCUGGUCUAUUCAGAGGGUUUACAGCCUCCCCAACACUCCAGCAGCCACAGAACCCUCGAGGCCUUAAUGUCGACUUUGAGUCAGUAUUUGGCAACAACACCAAUGCUAACAACCUGGAUUCUACAGAUGUUUUAGGUGAUAUCCUCAAACCCACAGUGGCAUCCUCACCCAAUCAGGGCACGACCCUGAACGGCCAACAGGCCCACAAACUGGUAUCCAGCGACCUGGACUCAUCGCUGGCCAAUCUCGUCGGCAAUCUGGGAAUUGGCAACGGCACGUCAAAGAAUGAUCUUCACUGGAGUCAGCCUGGUGAGAGGAAGCUGACUGGUGGAAACAACUGGCAACCCAAGAUGGCUCCUAAUACCACCUGGAACCCUGCAGCCAUGGCACCAUCUGUCAUGGCAUUCCCUGCAACCACACCGACAGGCAUGAUGGCAUAUGCAAUGCCUCCCCACAUGGGCUCCAUGAUGAUGACGCAGCCCGCUAUGAUGUACACCCAGCCUGUGAUGAGGCCAGCCAACCCCUUUGGCCCCAAUCCAGGUGCACAGAUGCAGUUUAUGUAACCUGAAAGGUGAAGGGGGGGUCUUUCCCAUCUGAAGAUGAUUCACGACAGUCAACUAUCCAAGCAAACCUGCAGUUUGCUUCUAAUGAACUUGCUCUCAGAAUAAAAGGCCCAAAUAAGACUUGUUGAAUAAAAUCACAGUGACUGGGAGCAACUCCGACCAUCUCAGAGAGGCAUCACAGCGGACAUUGUGCCCAUCUAGUCAUGUCGAAGUCACAGAAGGAGAAGAAGAGUGCGUGCUGCCAUUCAAAACCAUGUGGACAGGAAUCCGCCCCUACUUUAUAGAAACACAACAACCGAGAGGAGAGCGCUAUCUGACAUCACGGUUUAUGUACCUGGGGAAAUAACAGUCAGGUUGUCAGACAUACACACUGUUUGAGUUGUCUUUUUUUGUUCCUCUUUCUCCAGGUGCUGGGAGAGUCACUUCUUUUAUCAAGCAUCCCCAAAUUAGGAAAACAAUUGCAAACUCCUCUUUAUACCACACUUUUGUAUGUAUUGUUUGUAGUAGACAUUCCUUGUGUAUUGCUUGUAUUUAUUUAUGAUUACCUACAGAGAAGAUGACAAAAAAAGUAAAUGUUAACUAGUCACUGACCUCCCCCUUGUGGAAGGUCUUCAGGUUUAUACAUGGGUAUGAUUGAUUGUAGAAUUGGAUUUUGAGUGAUUGAGAUGAUUUUUGUUUUGUUUUGAAAAGAGGUUAAUAUAAAGUUUAAAGAGAUGACACAUUUUGCUGUUGGGGCACUAAAUACUCUCUGUACUCGCAUGAUGCCUUGUACAGUUAUCUGUGGCUCCAGAGGUCACAAUGAGGAUGUGUAUGAACGUUAUAAUUCAUUAACACCGUCAAAUCGGUGGGGUCGAUUUCUUCAAAUUUGGCAAGGGAACAUUUUUUCACAACAGCAGAAGCACUACAUUUUGUGAUCGAGGCAGCAUAAUCAUUGGAAAGGAAUCUGCGUUUAUGCUUUUGUCGCUUUUGGCAUGCCAUUUAUUCUUACAUUUAACAAUGCUCCUGGCUGCCCUUUUCCAACCUGAAUGUGCAGGGCCCCUUUCAUGCUCAGAUCAUGUUUCCAUAGGCGAGCACUGGGGCAUUUAGGACAAUGUGGGGGCAAAGGGAAGCAUCGGGUGUAGGCUCAGGUCAGAAUGGUAACAGAGGGGUAGGUGGGGAUGGGGUGGUGUAGAGAGGUCUAGUUGUUCAGGAGAAUGGAGCACUGUUGAUCGGUGCUUUGUGUAUAUAAAACUUUUCCUGCCAAUCAGUGGUUGAGUGCAGGUAUGAAAGAUGGUUUGAACAUAAAAGUGGCCCUGGAUCCAUUAACUGAGCACAUUUGCUGCAUUGUCCCUGCAGAUUAUAUUUUUGUUUGUUUGAUUUUUCCAAUAAAGUGCAAGCUUCCACACUU